UACAGUGGAGUCGGGCUGGGAUUUUCUGACGCCGUAUGUUUUUCCUAAAAUAUCUGUUUCCAUACAUUGUUGGGGUUCGUCAACCGUGCGCGAUCGGCGCCGUAACCGGCAGUGGAAAUGAUGAACUCCAGUGUCGACCUGUCCCGGCGGAAUCCGCAGGAGGAUUUCGAGCUGAUCCAGCGGAUAGGAAGCGGCACAUACGGCGAUGUGUACAAGGCUCGUAAUGUAAACACAGGAGAGCUGGCUGCUAUCAAAGUCAUCAAACUGGAACCGGGUGAGGACUUUGCUGUCGUCCAGCAGGAGAUCAUAAUGAUGAAGGACUGUAAACACUCCAACAUCGUAGCCUAUUUUGGCAGUUAUCUCCGGAGAGACAAGUUAUGGAUCAGUAUGGAGUACUGUGGAGGAGGUUCUCUGCAGGAUAUCUAUCACGUAACUGGGCCUUUGUCAGAGUCACAGAUAGCCUACAUGUCACGGGAGACCCUGCAGGGUUUAUACUACCUACACAACAAAGGCAAAAUGCACAGAGACAUAAAGGGAGCCAACAUCCUCCUGACAGACAACGGCUAUGUUAAACUAGCUGACUUUGGAGUAUCGGCCCAGAUCACAGCAACUUUAGCCAAGAGGAAGUCGUUCAUCGGAACUCCGUACUGGAUGGCUCCAGAGGUAGCAGCAGUAGAGCGGAAAGGAGGUUACAACCAGCUGUGUGAUAUCUGGGCUGUGGGCAUUACUGCAAUAGAGCUGGCUGAGCUACAGCCACCCAUGUUUGACCUGCACCCCAUGAGAGCUCUCUUCUUAAUGACCAAGAGCAAUUUCCAGCCUCCUAAGUUGAAAGAUAAAGUCAAGUGGACAAAUAACUUCCACCAUUUUGUCAAACUCGCCCUCACCAAGAACCCAAAGAAGAGGCCCACAGCUGAGAAACUGCUGCAGCACCCUUUUGUGUCACAGCCUCUCAGCAGGACGCUGGCGAUAGAGCUGCUGGACAAAGCCAACAACCCCGACCACAGCACCUUCAAUGACUUCGAUGACGAUGACCCUGAGCCAGAGUCUCCUGUCUCUGUUCCUCAUCGUAUUCGUUCCACCAGCAGGAGCGCCAGGGAGGGAAAGACGCUUUCGGAGAUUAACUUUGGUCAGGUGAAGUUUGAUCCUCCCUUGAGAAAGGAGACAGAACCUCAUCAUGAACCGUGUGAAUCUGAGCCCUAUCUGGACUGUGUUGAGGAGCUCUACUAUACAGCGAGAUCUAAUCUGGACUUGCAGUUGGAGUACGGACAUGAUUCACCAAGUCUGCUGGGAGGAAACAAGAGUCUUCUCAAAUCUGUGGAGGAGGAGCUUCAGCAGAGGGGCCAUGUGGCACACUUAGGGGAUGAUGAUGAUGAGGAUGAUGAUGGUGCAGAUGAUGAUGAAACUCACACUCAUAAAUCAAGCACUAUCAUGAGGCCAAAGGUCCCACCUCCGCUUCCUCCCAAGCCCAAGUCGAUCUGCUCGUCCCAUCCCCAGCAGCAGCAACAACAACAAAAACACGACGAUAGCCAAUCACACAGCGAGGACGACGGCGGAGGCGGAGGAACCAUCAAGCGCUGUCCAGUCCCGGAGACGCCGAGCCCCGCCAAGCCCGCCUCCAACGUCCCCCCGCGGCCCCCGCCCCCGAAGCUGCCACCCCACCGCCGCAGCAGCCUAGGUAACGAGAGCCCGAAGCGCACGGACGUCGAAAACUCUGCCCCAGAGGAUGAUGGGAGCUUUAGGCAUUUCUGGGAAUGGCUCCACACGCCUCACACAGAGGAGGAGCUGGAGGAGGCAUGGGAGGUGCUGAAGGAGGUGAAAGAGGAGCAGGAAAAAGAGGAGGAAAAGGAUAAGAGGAAUGGACUGAACACAGCGCCACACGGUGGUGGAGAGAGGGAGAGUCCAGCAGACAGACAGUCCACCAUGCCACCCAGUGUCCCCAUACGGAAAGACAAGAAGGACGUUCCGAAGCCAAUCAGUAACGGCCUCCCCCCUACACCCAAAGUCCACAUGGGUGCAUGUUUCUCCAAAGUGUUUAACGGCUGCCCUUUAAAGAUCCACUGUGCCACCUCCUGGAUCAACCCCGACACCAGAGACCAGUAUUUAAUAUUCGGAGCUGAAGAGGGAAUCUACACAUUAAACCUUAAUGAGCUGCACGAGACCUCGAUGGAACAGCUGUUUCCUCGGCGGUGUACCUGGCUAUAUGUCAUGAACAAUUGUCUUCUUUCCAUAUCCGGAAAAGCCUCUCAGCUGUACUCCCACAGUCUGACCGGUCUGUUUGAACAGGCCAGACAGUUACAGAAGUUACCAGUAGCCAUUCCCACACACAAGCUGCCUGAUAAGAUGAUUCCCAGGAAGUUUGCGGUGUCCAAUAAAAUUCCAGACACUAAAGGGUGCCAAAAGUGCUGCGUAGUUCGUAACCCGUACACAGGCCAUAAGUACCUGUGUGGAGCCUUUCAGUCUAGUGUCAUGCUGUUGGAGUGGGUGGAGUCCAUGCAGAAGUUCAUGCUCAUCAAGAACAUUGACUUCCCGUUGCCGUGUCCGUUGGAGGUCUUUGAGAUGUUGGUGGUCCCGGAGCAGACCUACCCUCUGAUCUGCGUUGCCGUCAGUAAAGGCACCGAGCUCAACCAGGUGGUUCGGUUCGGCACCGUCAACCCCAACUCUACCUCCUCCUGGUUCACAGAAGCCGACACACCGCAGACGUGUGUGAUCCACGUCACGCAGCUAGAGAGAGACACCAUCCUAGUCUGCCUCGACCGGUGUAUAAAGAUAGUGAACCUCCAGGGCAGGUUGAAAUCCAGCAGGAAGUUGUCAGCAGAACUCACCUUCAACUUCCAGAUCGAAUCCACAGUUUGUCUCCAAGACAGUGUACUGGCUUUCUGGAGGCACGGCAUGCAGGGACGCAGUUUCAAGACCAAUGAGAUCACCCAGGAGAUCUCCGACAGCACACGCAUCUUCAGACUACUGGGAUCAGACAGACGUGCUGACUGUAGAGAUCCAGAGAUCGAGAACGGAGGCCACACUCGGCCCAGGGUGGUGGUGCUGGAGAGCAGGCCAACAGACAACCCUACAGCCCACAGCAACCUCUACAUCCUGGCAGGCCACGAAAACAGCUACUGAGACACACACAAACACACACACGCACAUAAAAACACUCUCUAAACAGCCUACCACUAAUGCAAACAAGGGAGUGAGCGACCGGGAGACACACUCAGCCCCAACUUUACCGCUAACCCACCCUCCUGUGUAACUGGGAGACAAGCCGUUCAUGGGUGCAGAUGUGGAUUCCCAGUUGCUUUAAAAACGCACCGCAGUGUUACAUGUGUAUUAGUUAAGCGUGUCGUAGUAGAGCAGCAGGUUGUGGAGCUGUUUCCGAAAGAGCAGGGGUUAAAAACUGCUGGUCUGAGGCCAGUUUGGGUUGAGAUAGGCGGCGGGAAUCUGCACCGUAGUCAAGCGAUUUCAACCCAGAAUCCUCCCUGACACCAUCCCACCUUUCCCUGCAUACUGCACACUGGGAAAAACCGCACAGAAGUCUGAACACUACUUCUACUACUAGUUCUACACAUAUUACUACUACUGCUACUUGCGCUAAAGCUUCACAGAAAAGCCAUCUUGCACAAAAAACCUUUCAUCGUCCUCCACUCUGUCUCCCUCUUCCUCUUUCCUCUCUUUUUUUUAAACACCUUUAUUUAUUGUGGCAUGAUGUAACUUUAACAACCAGGAUGGCUUUCCUGUUUUAUUUGUUUUUUUCUUUUUUUAUAAAAGGACAAAAAAAAAAAAAGAAAACAGACUAAAAAGCUUCGCCACCUCUGCUAGCGUCAAAUACCCGUCACCACACCACACAAGUGCUUAAUUGACCUCUAUUUAAUUGUUGUAAAUAUAAAUGUAGUAUUUUUUUGACAGAGACGAACACUAAAAAGACUGGUCAUGUAGAUAGGCGUGUGUAUAGUUGCUCUGUACAACUGUGGAGACGAACAGAGAGAGACAGACAGGCGCGGAGGACAGACGGGGCAGUAAAUUCACUUCCUGGUUCCCUGUUCAGGUGAUGAGAUUUGGGAAGCAAAGAGCCCCGCAGUCUCCUCAGGUGGACAGCUUUAGCAAUCCGAUAUUACUCGAAUAAUCUGGAGCUCAGGAUGGAGCUGAGCGAACACGAGAUGCAGCGACGAUUGGUCAUUUUCAUUUUGCAUGCGUCACCAUGGAAACUUCCUGCUCGUUUGUACCAUAGCAACAAGCAGGGCCACCCGUUGCAAAAUCUGCUAAUUUUAAUUUUAUUCUUCUGUUUUGACAUCCACCCUUUAUUUUAUUUCAACGCUGUUUUAAUCAGAAAGCUUUUUUAUGUUGCUUUUUUUAUUUUUAUCGAACCACUGGUGUUUAAAAUUUGCACAGAGACAAAGGUAUUUGAUAAACAAAUGUGAUGUCAUUAUAAUAUAUGACCUUGUGUGUAUGCACGGUGUGUGUGUGUGUGUGUGUGUAUGUAUGUGUGUUUGCGUAGCCAUAGAAUAUGCACAUACAAGUCUGUUAUGUACAGAUCUGGUCUUUAACGAGUGACAGUGUUUUCCCAAGAGGAGGCCACUUGAAGAGAGAAACAAAAGAUAUUAAAAACCAGUUUUAAAAAGCUUGAUUUACACAGAAGGAAAAAAAAUAUAUAUAUUUAUUCAAUUGACCCGGUUUAUGUAAAAAUUUGCCUCCAAUUUUGUGGAUUGGGUGGAGUUUGCACCACACAAAAGCAGCUGUUGCAAAACAAUAAAAUAGUUAAAAUUGUUUGACAUAUUUGACUAUAAAUCAGAGUUUCCCACACAUUCAAUUAUUUGUGGUGGCCCAACACGAUUAAAACAUCUGCCGCCACGUAUUGAUUUUAUAGUUUUGGAGCUGAACCAUUCAUAAGGAGCCCUAUUGAAGUAUAUACACCAUUAUUGAUUGCACCACACUGUUGGAGUGCAGAGCGUACUCUGGGCACAAAUGGAGCAGUAAAUUGGCAGGUGUGGCAAAUGUGAAAUUUAACCAUUUGUUGCACUGGGUCUAAAAGUUCAGUUUUGUCACAGUUCAUCUUCUCAUCCAUCUCGACAGUCAGUUUUCAGCCACACGACUCAAACUGCUGCUGAGGUUAAAAAGAGCUAAUAACGUGUCUCGCCUGCACUGCAUUCACAGACACACACAAACAUCCAUCACUGCCAAACAUAGACUUUAAAUCUGUGGGAAACACCAUAAAUUAUGUAGAACUUUUUUUUUAGUAAUUCUUGGUAUUAAACCCCUCCCAUUUGGUACCCCAAAGAGGAUGAAACAAACACAAAAAAUAUUUUAAAAUUCAACUUGAAAAAGAUCUAUCAAGAUAGAACACAGUUAAAUUCAGGCCAAAUUAAAUGCAUCUACUGUCCACAGUUAAAUAAAGAGACAAAGCCAAACUUCCACUCUUAGCCUGCUUCUUGUCUAACAAGCCUCCAAAACAAAUGGGAAACUUCUGUGUAUUUCCAAAAGUUUUAAGCCUUUUAUUCAAAUUUUUAAACUUCGGCCUUGAUCGCUGUGACUCCUUUAAAGGACGACAUCUGUAUAAGAGAUCACUACAUGCAUGUAGAUGUGCACGGUGUGGUUUGUAGGAGAGUCUACAUGUGGCAGUACACUACCAGUCUUUACAAGCUGUGACACUAGAGGUCGCUACAGAGGACGUUAACACUAGUUUAGCCAAAUUGUACUGAGACACCAUCGCUGCAACUGAAAUCUUACAGAGCUGAGACACUUGGGUUCACUUCAGCAAGUGAGUCUUUUUCUGUUUUUCAUUAAUUUCUUUAUUUUCUCCAUAGAGGGACAACAAAUCGGCUGCAAGAGCAAAAAUUCCACAAUUACAAAAAGUUAAUGAGCUGCUCUUUACACACAGUAUUUAGAGAUUUGAUCACAUCAAUAAAAAAUAAUUGCUAUGCUGAUACAAAUGUUACUACCACUAUGGUCACAGUGAAAUCUCCAAAUUUAUUGGAAAAUGUGGUGUUUUAUAAGAAUGUGAUGUAUAAUUUAAACAGAAUUGGCAACAGUUCCAGUAUUUGAAAUUGAUAAGGCUGGCUAAAGAGUGAGAUUGGUUUUUUUUUUUAGCUCUGUAAAGACACUAAGACUAAGGUGGUUUUAAAAGGCACAUGUCACCAUGUCGGGGGGCUGCCAACAGAAAGUUGUGAUCUCAUCAUUUUUUGUCAUUUUAUCAACAUGGCAGCAUGUGUCUCAGUGACAGGAAUCUCACCAGUGUCCCGACACACACUUUCACUGUUUUUAUGGCGUUAUUAACAGAUCCUCUCACUCGAUUCCUGCUCCUGAAGGUUUAUUGGACCAUUAUAGUGUAACAGCCAAAACAAGCAUAGUCCAGUUGAGAGUAGAGAGGAUAUAACUCUUUCAUACAAAAUGCUCACAGUGUUGCGUUGCACCUGGAAAACAAAUAUCUUCAAUAUGAAUCAUAGAAGACAUAAAGGCAGCACACUUAUUUGCUGUAUAUUAAGUUUAGAGUGGAAAAUGUGUUGUCGUUCAUAGGACGCUGGUGGCUGUAAUUUUGCCACAAAACAGCCAUGAAAGAGACAAAUGUCACAGCUGAUAGUUGAUUCACUUCUAGCACAAGAUAUUUGCUCAAACCAGGAUGGAAACUGUUCUUCAGAGCUCAUUCCAGUUAUAUUUAGCAUGUUUUGAAAUGCCAUCGAAGUGAAUCACAACCACAGAUAAGCGAUUUAGCCACGAUCAUGCUAAUACAUGUGCGUCUUGCCAACAUUACUAAAUAUAAACUUGUCAUAAGUUCAGGGCGGCAGCCAAGUUUUAGUCACAUAAUCAGGUUAUUUAACAAAGCAUAAAUUUGUUCCUUCAGUGUCAAAAAAAUAUGCGAGUUCUGCCAAGUAUAGCUUCACAUCGACAUAGUCCGUCAUUAAGCUUAAUUCAUCACUUUUCAUAUUUAGAUUCAAUUUAUUCAGUUUGAUUGAAUCAUUUCUUCCUUACAGGGAAGGGACUACAUCAUAUUCUUUCUAAAAACCAUGCAUUCUUUUGCAUUAGGAAUUGGUUGAUGUUAAAAAACAUAUUUUCUGCAUUUGCAAAUGGAAUAUCAAAAUAUGUUGAGCAGUUUUCAGGCCAAGUUUAGUCUACCUCGUCCUAGACUUAAAAAAAAAAAAAAAACAAAACACAUAAUGUCCGAUUGGAAAGACAGCCAUUAACAGCAUUAAAUGUUAGUGAAACACAAAAAAUGUUCUCUGAUACUCAUGUUAAAAGUCCUUGUCCUCUCAGUUGACAUAUGUAAAUGAUCAGAAGUUGAGAAAUCAAUUUAAGUUACUAGAACACACAAAGACAAAGUGAAAGACUCAACUCAUAAAUACUCAGUUUUUGUUUUUUUAUGCAUUAUUUACGCUUUCAUUUUAUUUUGAAUAAUCUGAAACUUAAGAAAAAGCUCAUCCUGAAGCUGCACAUCUAAAGUCAUGUAUUGAUUUAGUGAAAACAGACAAUACAAACAAUUCUGAAAAUAUGAUACUAUUUUUUUUCCCUGUAGGGUUCAUAACUUUAUUUUUUACUUUUUGGAAACUGUCCUCUUUUCAGAAAAACAAAGAAAGUUUGUGUGAGUUUGAAUGAUGUGUCAGAAUUUGUGCUGUCAUAGACACAAGCUUCAUCUAGGGUAUAAUCCCCAAAAGCAGGUGCCAACACGGCCUCCAUUGUGCUGAAAUGUUCAAAGUCCAUUUGUGUUUUUAUGACUUCAAUUUCUCCUGGCUCAAAUCAUGUGUGAAAAUAAUUCACAGCAAUGGUUUUAAGAUUAUUUGGACACAAGAUAUGUGGAUUUUUUGAAUGAGACAGUCAGCAGAAAAGAAUAGUAAAUUGACAUAAUGAUGAUUUACUUCGUUCUUUCUGGCUCUCAGAGUUUCUAUCUACAGUAUCUGGUGCUUCAAGCAAAUUAAACACUGAUGAGUUAUUUUCCAAACGCAGUUUGAUGCCCAGGUCUCCUCCCAACAAAACAAAAACACAAGUCUCCUCUGUUCUGUCGCUAUUACAUCACCUUUGUCUUUUGUUUUCAUAAUGCAAUGCACACGUUAUGAAAUGUAUAUAGUGUAAAAUAAAAAUGGGUUUGUUUUACAUACUGUAUAAUUGCCUAUAUUUUGUUUCAGAAGUGUAACAGAUUUAUGAGAUGACAGGUUAACACAUUAAAAAGAAGGAACUCAAA